GUACUAAAUGUUUUUCAUGUGUUGUACUUGAACUACAUGUCAAAGGAACAUGUUGUACAUGAGCUACAUAUUGUACUUGUACAUGUAGUACAUCAUCACAUUUUAGUCCAGCAGCUCCUCAGCUGUGACCCCCCCUCAGCUGACCUCAGGGUCAAAGCCCCUCCCCCAUCCGACAGGCUCCUCCCCCCUCCGUCCGUCCGUCUUCGUGAGGUCAGUUUGAUUCUGAUCUUCAGGAAAUCAGCAUCAACGAACCUCCUGAGUCCUCCAGGAUUUCUUCUUCAUUCAUUGAGAUAAAAACGGAGGUUUUUCUUCUGUUUGAGCUGCUGAUAUUUUAGUUUCUGAUGAUUUGAAUUUAAAUUGGACAAACAUGAAGAUAAAGGUGGAGAUGAUGAUGAUGCUGCUGCUGAUGGGACUCUGCUGCUCAGGUGUGGGCGGAGCCUCAGAGCUGGCCUUCCUCACGGAGCCCAGUGACGUCAUUGCGGCGAGAGACCGCCCGCUGCUGCUGGACUGUCAGGUGGAGGGGGAGGGGCCUAUCUCCAUUACUUGGAGACGCAACGGCGUCCCCGUGGCGACUGGCCUCAAAGCCUCGGUGCUCGCCAACGGAACCCUGCUCAUCAGAAACUUCUCCAAGAGACGAGAGAGCAGCGAGACGGACGCUGGCGAAUACGAGUGCGCCGCCCAGAACCGCUACGGCAUGUUGAUCAGCCGCAGGGCCCGGGUCAAGCUUGCCUCCCUCCCAAAAUUCGUGUCUCACCCAGAGUCAGUGGCAGUGGAUGAGGGGGGCGUGGCCAGACUCACCUGUCGGGUCAAUGGAAUCCCAGAGGCCAACAUCACCUGGCAGAAAGACCGACGCCCACUGAGCACUGAGGACCCCAGGUACACGCUGCUGCCGAACGGCGUGCUGCAGAUCACCGGCGUGCAAAGAGCAGACGGCGGUUCGUUUCGCUGCGUGGCCUCAAACGUCGCCAACACCCGGUACAGCAACGAGGCCCAGCUGUCUGUCACCGUUGCCGGAUUCAAGAUCUACCGAGAACCCGUCAUCCUCUCCGGUCCUCAGAACCUCACCAUCAAUGUCCACCAGACAGCCAUCUUGGAAUGCAUCGCCACGGGGAACCCUCGGCCCAUCGUGUCCUGGAGUCGUCUCGACGGACGCUCCAUCGGGGUGGAGGGGGUCCAGGUGUUGGGGACCGGGAACCUGAUGAUCUCUGACGCCACGCUGAAGCACUCCGGAGUCUAUGUGUGUUCAGCCAACCGACCGGGAAGCAGAGCCAGGAGGACGGCCCUGGGACGCCUUGUGGUACAAGCUCCUCCAGACUUUGUGCAGUGGCCUCAGUCCGUGUCCAGACCAGCAGGUGGCAGCGCGGUCUUCAGCUGCACCGCGUCCGGCGCUCCAGAACCGCACCUCAUCUGGCUGAAGAACGGGAAACUACUGAAACCCAUCGACAACGUGAAGCUUACCAACGGGAACACGACUCUGGCCAUCACCCGGAUCACUGCCCAGGACGAGGCCAUCUACCAAUGCAUUGCAGAGAACAGCGCCGGCACCAACCAGGCCAGCGCCCGCCUCGCCAUCAUCGAGGGCCCCGAGCUGCCCGAGGCCCCCACCGGCCUGCAAGCCUCGGCCCUCAGCUCCAGCAGCAUACAGCUGAUCUGGCACCAGCCGGAGGAGCACGUCAGCCAGCAGAUCAUUGGCUACGUCCUCCACAUCAGACGCCUGGGAGAGCCAGACAGUGGCGAGCUGCAGGAGGCCGUCAGUAAGACCACCUUCAUCCACAAGUUCAUCAACUUGGAGGCAGCCACCACCUACGCUGUCUACCUGAAGGCCUACUCUGCUCUGGGAGGAAGCCAGCAGUCCAACGUCAUCAGUGUCACCACACUGGGGGGCGUUCCCAGUUCUCCCAAUUUCUCCACGAAGGUCCUGAACCAGACAGCCGUGCAGGUGUACUGGGAGUUGCCCAGUACGCCGGGGAAGCUGGAGGGCUUCAGGCUGGAGUACUGUGGGGUUUCCAACCCAGAAGUCCAGGGGCGUGAGACCUUCCCAGGAAACAUCAACACCCACACCAUCUCCCACCUGGAGCCGGGGGCAAUGUAUGAGAUCCGGCUGGCGGCGUUUAACGGAAACGGAGACGGCCCUGUUAACCGCCACCUGGUUUCUCUGGCCGAGGGAGGAAACACCGUAGCAGCCGGGCCGGGCUGCGACUGCGAUCAGUCCCGCGGAUCCACGUCCACGCUGCUGCUCGGCGUUCACAGCGGCCUCGCCUGCAUACUCUGUUGCCUGCUGCUCGUUCUACUGGGACACCGACGCAGCUUCUUCUGCAGAAAGUCAGCGAGCUGGGAGACUCCGCCCCCUCUGAAUGGUGUCACCAGAGCCAAAGGUCAUGCGACUGAGCACAUCGAGAUGAGCCAGAGAUGUGACUCCGCCCCUCCUCCAGUGAUGGUCAUGGUUGAACCGACUCCACCCGUCCAGCCCGGCACCGGAUAAAACACCACACACACUCUUCUUCCACUUCCUCCUUUUCCUGCUCCUCGUCUUCCUCCUUUUCCUCUUACUACUCUGCCUCUACUUUGUGCUUUUCCUCUUCCUCCCCCUCCUCUUUCUCCUCUUCCUGCUCCUCUUCAUCCAGCCCCUGUUCUCUUCCUCUCAUUCUCACAGCCUUACAGCCACUUCAGCCUUUAAGAAUGACUGAGAUUCGAGUUUAUCUUCGAGAUAAUUGAGAUGAGAGAUGAUGAGUCUCUCUGAGGAACAUCUGGAGCACAUCGGACACCAUGAGGGAUCAAGAUACUUCAUAAAUAUACAAUAUAUUUAUACAUAUAUAUAUACAAUACGAUAUGAGGUACUUCACAGAUGUCCACGUCCUUUGAUAACAGUUCACGAUUUUUUGGUGAAUCGUUCUGAGUGGAUCUUCAGAACAAACGUUCCUCCA